AUGUCACAUAAUUGCGAACAUGAGCACGAACAUGAGCAUGGCCACGAUCACAGUCCGCCAUUGGCCACCACAGAGGCACAAUCGUUGUUUCAGCAUGUCGAUACACCUCAUGUGCUGUGUUUGAACGCUGUUGGUCGUGGAUCUAACGACUUACACGCAUGUUUUAUCAAGUCUCAAGAAGACAGGUAUGACGUUUCUAAAUACUUAGAGAGCGACGCUGAUUGUCAGAUGAUCAUCCACAUCCCGUUCACCUGCGUUUGUCGUGUUUAUUCCUGCUUGUUCAGGUUCAGCAGAUCUAACACCGGUAUUGGGUCUCCCAAAACCGUCAAAGUGUUUAAAAACUUCAAGAAGAGUGUUGAUUUUGAUAGUCUGGCAGAUGCCAAGCCGCAGCACGAACUAGAGAAUCCAGAAAAUGUCGGGAUCGAUGUCAAUGGCGAAACGUCGGUUGAUGACGACUGUGGAUACGUAGAGCACAAUUUGCCUCGCCAACAUUUCCAGAAUGUUGAAUCGCUUACCUUCUUCAUCGAGAACAACUGGAGCGACGAUGAGGACGAUUUGGCACGGUGUUUUUACUUGGAGCUGCGCGGAGAGGCAACUGGGCAGAAGCAGAACAACGAUGGAAUUCCAUUGCUGGCGGUUUACGAAUCUGCGCCUAACCCAUUGGAUCACCAAAGAGUUGAAGAUGACGCGAAAAGCUCCACUCUGGGAAUAUAA